GAACGACAUAUUGUGGUGUCAUAGUGUAUUUUUAUUCACUAAAAGGUAAUGUGUCAGACAUCUGCACACAUAUCCAGCUAAGCAUCAUCAGGUGUCAUGUCAAUUGGAGGAGAUCCUCAUUUUUCACAUUGACAUCCUUAAUGAUCACUGAAACUAUGUGCAACCAAACAUUGUCACAGUAUUGUAUAGUUUAUUUAAUGUCACUGAUGAUGAUCAGUGAUUACUUGAUUGUGGUGUUCUUAUCUGAAGAAAAAAAAACUAAACCGUGCACUUGUUGAAUUUGGCCUAGUUUUGUAAAUUUAUCAAUCCUACGGCAGGGAAGGGUCACUCAUUUUCCCCAAUGUUAGCCUUUUCAAUGACCAGUAGAUCAUGCAUAUAUAAAACACUCUCUGUGCACUUUCAGAAGGGAACAAAUGUACAUAUUUAUAUUUAAAGGUGCAAACUAAUACGUAAAGUAACAAAAAGUACCUUUGAAAACGUUCCACCCCAGUGACCGCUUUUGUACCCUUUUAUAUAUUUCUCUGAGAGUGUACCUACAAGUUUACUCUGUGUUUGCACAGAACUAAAUACAGCUAAUGAUGAAGGACUUUGAUUUAAUACAUUGCAAACAGAUACCAAAACCAGAUCUACACAUUUGAUUUUUUGAAACUGAGAUGGAGCUGUGUCUGAAACACACUUAAGAUGUAAAUGUUUUUAUCAUUACUGUGCAACAAUGUCCUUCAGGAGACAGCACUCACUAGUGCACUAGUUUGCCAAACAGACACUUAUAAAGUGUUUUGCAUGUCGUUUCUAUCAUCCUGUAGAAACAGCAGGGCGGUGUAGUGAGUGCAUGUGUGAAGACGCAUCAGAUCAGGCGACUGGAGACACGAGGGAUGGAGCAGAGGAGUUUAACUUCAGCUUGUUCCUCUAGUAUAUUAUUUUGCUUUGGUUCGACAUAGAUAUAGUGUUGCGUUCAUAAACCUGCACCGUUGUCUGUUUUCCGGUCCUCCGUGAAAUCCGUGUGUUUUGAUGUGGCGUGUGUUCAUGCAGGAGAAUGCUGUCAGUUGAUGUGUUUUCUUACGCACUGAGCGGACGCUCGUGACGCACGUCUGGCUUCGCUUCUCAUUGGUUGUUGCGCACUCAGAGCCCGCCCUCGUUCGAAUUCUUCGACGAAUCGGGUUUCUUUCUCUGUGACGCUGUAGUAGUUCCGGAAAAAUGGCGGCCCGCUGAGAGAGGGCAUCUUUUGGUGUUUUGGAGGAUAAAAGAUGAUCCGUAGCUUUGUCUGAAAUGUUCGCGGCUGUGUUCGGGAGGCGAGGCGUCUGUCAGGCGGCGCUCCGCGGCAGCAGAAGCUACGGGAAGCUGCAUGCGUCUGCCUGUCAGACCGAGCGCUUGAGGAUCUUCCAGUCUCUCUGUGAUCGGCGUGUGACUGGAGCUGCUGAGGAGCACACAGCAUCGAGGCCGGAUCUGACCAUCCGAUUGGCUGAUGGCAGGACGGUCAAAGGGUCAGCUGGUGUGACCUCACCAUUACAGAUCGCCAAGAGUGAACGUGUUAAAGGGGCAGUGGCAGGCAGAGUGAACGGAGCGCUGUGGGAUCUGAGUCGUCCUCUGCUGGAGGACUGUGAACUGCAGCUGCUCGGCUUUGACUCGCUGGAGGGGAGACAGGUGGUGUGGCGCACCGGAGCGUGUGUGUUAGCGAGUGUGAUGGAGAAUCUCUUGAGCGCUCGUGUGUGUCGAGAGGGAGUGUCUGACACAGGCCUGUACUGUGAUUACCAGCUCCAAGACAACGCCCUCUCUCUGUUGGACGUGGAGCAGAGGUGUAAGCAGAUGGCAGCUGGGAAGAUUCCCCUCAUCAAGCUCCAGGUCACGGUACAGGACCUGAAAGAGCUCUUCCAGGAUGAUGCUGUCAGGCUGCGGCUGGCUGAAGAGCAGAUGAUGGGAGACACACUCAGUGUCUACAGGUGUGGAGACAGUGUGGGUGUGUGUUCAGGUGUUCUUCUGCCACACACGGGCUUCCUGAAGGCCUUUAAGAUGCUCCAGGUGUCUCCUGUAACUCUGUCCGGCUCAACAGAGGCGUCCGCUAUCCUCCGAAUGAUCGGCGUGGCCUUUCCAGGAGAGCGAGAGCGAGAGGAAUGGGAGAGAGAACAGGAGGAGGCCAGAAAGAGAGACCACAGGAGGAUUGGGAAGACGCAGGAGCUCUUCUUCUUUCACGAUGUCAGUCCUGGCAGCUGUUUCUUCAUGCCUAAAGGAGCUCAUAUAUACAACACGCUCACUGACUUUAUAAAGAGUGAGUACCGGAGGCGGGGCUUCAGCGAGGUCGUGACCCCGACGCUGUACAGCAAGUCUCUGUGGGAGCGAUCGGGUCACUGGGAGCAUUACAGUGAGAACAUGUUCACGGUGACCUGUGAGCCACACACCUUCGCUCUCAAACCCAUGAACUGUCCCGCACACUGUGUGAUGUUCGAGCAGCGGGUUCGUUCGUGGCGAGAGCUUCCUAUCCGCUGGGCAGAUUUUGGCGCGCUGCAUCGUAACGAACACUCGGGGGCGCUGGGGGGGCUUACCAGAGUCCGCCGCUUCUGCCAGGACGACGCACACAUCUUCUGCACACCUGAGCAGCUGGAGGAGGAGAUCACGGCGUGUUUGGACUUCGUGAGAAGCGUGUAUCGUGUCUUCGGUUUCUCCUUUCACUGUCUCCUCUCCACGCGGCCCGUGCCCUGUCUGGGAGAGCCCGCCCUCUGGGACACUGCAGAGCAGCAGCUGGAGAGCAGUCUCAAGCGGUUCGAGGAGCGCUGGGAGCUGAAUCCUGGAGACGGGGCGUUUUAUGGACCAAAGAUUGACAUCCAGAUCCGGGACGCUCUGGGCCGACAGCACCAGUGUGCCACCAUCCAGCUGGACUUCCAGCUGCCCAUCAGAUUCAACCUGCAGUAUUCUGGGGCUGAUGGACAGAUGUACAGGCCGAUCAUGAUCCACCGGGCCGUGCUGGGCUCCCUGGAGAGGAUGAUCGCUAUCCUGGCCGAGAACUUCGGAGGGAAAUGGCCUUUCUGGUUGUCGCCAGCGCAGGUGAUGGUGGUGCCUGUAGGGGGCGGCAGUGAGACGUACGGACACGAGGUGGUCUGCAGACUGAGGGAAGCUGGAUUCAUGGCUGAUAUUGAUGAUGAUCGUGGAAACACCUUAAAUAAGAAAAUCCGCUCGGCGCAGCUCGCGCAGUACAAUUAUAUAUUCGUGGUGGGAGAGAAAGAGUGUGCGAGCGGGACUGUGAGCGUGAGGACGAGAGCCGGGAAGCAGCUCGGACAGAUAUCACUGCAGGAAGUGAUGCGCUCGCUGACUGAACUCAGACAGACACGCAGCAAUCAGGAGGAGUUUUAAACACUCAACGUGAGGAAGAGAUGCGAACACACUGACAUGAACCAGAGCCCUGGCCACACUUCACAUGUGCUCCGAUCCCUGUGACCUCUGACCCGCAAGUGCUGCCGCCGCAGGAGGGCUUUAUUUAUAAUAAAACAAUCAAUACUUUUAUUA